AUUCCUUUGCUGUCUCAUAGGUGCUGGUGGGCUUCUGAGAAGACCUCUGUUCGCCAUGGAGCCAUGGGUGUAUCUGGACCCACGGCAGAGGGCCUUGUAUCGAGAUGUCAUGCAGGAGAGCUACGAGACACUGAUGUCUCUUGCUGCAGACAAAUUGCUGAACAGCAGUAACAAUGACGAAGAGGAGGAAGACGAGGAGGAAGACGAGGAGGAGGAUGAAGGCCCUGAGGAGUUGCGCCCAGGCACGUCUCAGAGCCCCCCCAAGCGAGUCAGGCCUUUGGCACCCCGGGCUAGUCCUAAGCAACAGAAAAUGCCUGCCGUGGUGAAGAAGCAGGACAAAGCCACCCAGCGGGGCCACGCUCUGAAGAAAAGCCUUGAGAGCCGCUGCUCGGACUGCACCAAGAGCCUGACCACACCUGGCAGGGGCCGGCAGAAGAGCGAGGCUAAUGCUGCUCGUGAGAAACCUUUCCAGUGCACGGACUGCGGGAAAAGCUUCAUCUGGAGCUCACACCUGGAGCGCCACCGGCGAAUGCACACAGGGGAGAAGCCCUUCAAAUGCCUCAACUGCGGGGAAGCCUACAGCCAGAACUUCCACCUCUUGCAGCACCGGUGUUCCCAGCUGAUCGAGAAGCCCUUCAAGUGCGAGGACUGCGGCAAACGGUUUGCUCAGAGCUCCGCCCUGGAGAACCACCGCAAGGGCCACACCGCGGAGAAGCCCCAUAAAUGCACCGACUGUGGGAAGUGCUUCAUCUGGGCCUCCCACCUGGAGAGGCACCGGCGAGUGCACACUGGGGAGCGGCCUUUCAAGUGUCCCGAAUGUGGGGAGACAUAUAGUCAGAGCGCCCACCUGGCCAAGCACCGGCGCAACCACAUGGGAGAACGACCUUACAACUGCCCGGCCUGCUGGAGGAGCUAUGCUCAGAUCUCGGAACUGGAGGAGCACAAGAAAACUCACUUGGGCUGCGAGGACUGCGGGAAGGUCUUCCGCAGCAGGCAGACCUUGAUGCGGCACCAGCGAGGCCACCGCCGGGAGCGCACUCACCUCUGCGAAGAGUGUGGGAAAGGGUUUGUGUGGGCCUCCCAUCUAGAGCGCCACCGGCGGGUGCAUACUGGGGAGCGCCCUUUCCCUUGCCCCACCUGUGGGGAGAAGUUUGCCCAGAAAGUUCAUCUUCUUCAGCACAACAAGACUCACUCGCACGCCCGGCCCUACAAGUGCGGGGAUUGUGACAAGCGUUUUGGGGACAGUUCGGCUUUCCUGGCUCACCAGCGGGGCCACGCCAUGGAGAAGAACCACAAGUGCCAGUACUGUGGGAAGAGCUUUGCGUGGAGCUCUCACCUGGAGAGGCAUCAGCGAAUCCAUACAGGAGAGAAGCCCUACAAGUGUCCCGACUGCCCCGAGCACUUCAGCCAGACCUCCCAGCUCUUCAAGCAUCAGCGCAGCCACCUAGGCAAGAGGCCCUACAAGUGCAGCGAGUGCGGCCGCAGCUUAGGCACCACUCUGGAACUCCUCAUCCACCAGCGGACCCAUAUGGGGGGCAAGCCCUAUAGGUGCUCUAGCUGCGGGAAGGGGUUCACCCGACGGGCCAACCUCUUGAAGCAUCAAAGGUGUCACGUCAAGGAGUCCCCCUAGGAGACAUCCAGCCCAGGCCCAGGGAAUGGAUUUAUCAUUAACAAUCUAGAAACCACACAAAGUUGUUUUUGUACAUUCUGGUUAUGGGGAAGGUCAGUGCAUAUUCACCUCUUGCAACAGCGCUGGGUUGAGGACUCCUUUGAGGAGACAUGCUGUUCAAAUGAGGAGAUCCUUUGAACCCCCGGAUGGUGAGGUGUGGCUGACACCAGACUUCUGGAAAUCUGUCUAGGUGAAAAUGACCAUGUGCAUCGGGAACUGAUUCUGAUUUAGCGUUUAGAGAAUCCAAAUGGAUAUUCCCCCCCCUCCCAACCUUUGACACUGUACAUAUAUACCCCAGUUUUGGGGGGAAGAAAGCUUUACCGAUCAUCCCUGUAUUUACACAUCAGAGAACUUGCCUGGAUUAGACCAACUCCUUUCUCCUGUUCCUUUAUAAUUUUGAACCCUGGAUAACAAAGCUUUAACAAAUGUAUUGACCUCCAGACCUUUAAAUGCCCUACAGGUGGGCUCAAACUCGAGUAGAUGACUCGGGAAUCCACAGUGGGGUGGGGUAUGAAGCUGUGGAGGCCUCUUGAAUGUGGAGGAAAAAGCUUUAUUGACUUGUUCAGCUCAAAGAAUAUGAACACUUGGAGGUCCUGCAAAAUCCUCUCAAGCAGGGCUGGUGAAUUGCAUCACAGCAGUCCCACAUGAGGCUGUGGUACCGAAGCUGCAGCAAUAGCUAGUCAGACUUUGUGCUUCAUCUAGCAACUUGUGGAUGGAUGGAGUUUCAGUUGGUUUCCUUGUGCUUGUGGGAGCCCUGGCUGCGCAGUUUUGGCUUGCAAAGGUGAUUUGGGGAAAAGACACCUUCCAAGCCCAGGAAUUCACAGCUUUUUCCUCCUGAUCUGGAGGAGCUGAGAGAAUGGAGACAUCCUGGCCAGCGAAGCCUCCACUGUGCAGACUGGAAAGUGGGGAUGCUGGGCGUACAAGACACUUAUUCAAGCUAGCUGAUGUGUUUGGUGCUCUUACCCCUUGGUUGGGGUUUUUUUUUUUUCAUUUUCUAUUGGUCAAAGGCAUGGCGAUGUGUAAAGGGGAGAUCGGACUACCAAGAAAAUGGAGGCGGUGGUGUGAAGGAAGCCGCCUGGGGUUGGGGCAGAGGGUGCCACAUAGUGAGAGAGAAGACUAGAGAGACUCAAGGAGGAUUGAGCUUUUGGAAUGGGGAAGCAGCCAGUCUGUGCCUCCUUGGAGGAGGUAGCAUAUGGCUGGAAAGUUAGAUUUGAAACGAGGAGGAUACGUUAAGCUCCUAGUUCCUAUUUGGGCACAGGAAGGGCAUCACCAGGUCUCAGAACCAGCCCUGCACUAACCUGUGUUUAAAAGAAAAAUCAGAUUUCUAAGCGGCAGCAGCAUUUGUCCAGAUGUCCAGGCAUCUGGUAAUCUUGGUGUGGCUUUAAAGAAAAUCAAGCAAAAGAAGGUUUUGGUUUUGUUUUUUUUCCCCUCAGAGGGGAAGACCCUGCCUGGCUCAGAAAUGGAGCCUUUGUUAUGCUUUUUUCCCUCUUUUUUGGGGGGUGUGGGGUGGGGGGGGGGAAGGAUAUUGUGUGACUGGAGUAUGAGGUUAAAGAAGCAGACCUUGUCUAACCUUAAGAAAGGCACACUGGCAGUACAAUUAAAGGCAGUUAAAGCCUGUUAUUUGAGAGAACAGCACUCCUAGUUUGCAGCGUGAGGCUAACUUACGGGAUUGACUGCUGUAAGACUGGGGUGGGUGGUGGGCUGGCUGGCUGGCAUCUUCACUCAGACCUGCAGGUUGGUGGCCAAUACUGCUGGGGAGGGGGAGUAGGUGAGUUGUUACUACUGACCGUGGCUGCUCCUUGUGUGUGAGGGAAAGGGGCAUACCUUGGGUUACCAGCAGAGAAACCUUCCCUUUAAGUUUGUGAAGGUGAGGGUGGGGGGGGGGGGUGAAGGAAGAAGGAUUUCUAAUGCUUAGGAUUGUUGAACUGGCUGCUCUGGCUGCCAUCUCCCCUUCCCCCGCACCCCUUGCUUCCUCUCCUAACACCUACCUCAGAAUCCUGCUUCCAGGAUGACAGACUGAAAGAGUCAAUCCCUCUGGAGAGGGCCGUGGAGGCAGUGCAGGCCUCUGGCUUGCGGGAAGAACCCCCUCCUCUGCCGGCAGCUGCUGUCUUAAAUGCUGUGAUGUUGCACCCGCAGGGUUCAGAUCCACCGCACUCUGUUGUUCCAGCAAGUCAUUCAGUGGCUGCUUGUUGGGGACGGCUGAGUCUCUGGCAUCCCCUGGUAUUGCAUCGGGUGCUCUGCUUCGGUUACUGUGUCUGCCUCUGUCCUUCACGACCAGCCUUCCCCUGUUCUACCUGUUCUCUGGCAGAGGUAUAUUUUUUACUUUAUCGCUUUUUUGGAAGUACCUGUUUUGAAAACAAUGUGUUUUUUGUUUCAUUUCUUCCUCCUUUGUUUUUAUCCAAAGCAAGUAUUGUUAUUGUCGUCCUCCCUGUUUAGGGUUUUCUUUCCCCCACCCUCCCCUGAAAUGACAUAUAGAAAGAUGUUUCUAAGCUCUGAUUCCUUUGUUGUUGGUUAGGAGUAAUAAAGUUAAAAAAAAAAUCAAA